CGAAUUUUUCAAUAUAUACAGAUAUUAUUUUUUUUCUGACUUUUUGCUCAGUUCAAGCGUAGAUAAUUAGCUGCUCUUGCUCUAAUUGAAUAUUCCCAAUUUUUUGUUUAAUUUUAGAAUUUUUUGGUAUUUUAAGAUUUCAAUAUGAAGUGAGAAAUUUGAAGUGUUUGUUGAAGAGGUGUUGCACUGAUUUGGGAGUCUGAGUCUGGGAGAAUCGUGCCGGGUUCGAAAGCAUUGUGGAGAGAGUUUGAGAAUCAAGAAAUGCCUCAAGCUGGUUCUAUGAGGUUGUUGUAUGAAUGGAGAAGUCACAGUAUUCAUGGAUGCCAUAAACAGCCACAUGCUGUAUUGUGGUGUAGGAAAGGGUCGAGUACAUAUGGUUAGCAUCAAUCUACCGUCACAUGGCUUGGGUGCCUGCAGUCUCCAUCUUUUAAGCAGUGUACGUGGCCCAAUAGGUCCAGUAUCUUCCAGAUGUAAAGUUUUCUUGUGUAGAUCUGUUUUUAUACCAAGUGGAGGAACUGGGGCUCCUGCUCUGAAAUCUACUGCUGUAGUUUUAACAAGGUCUUAUGAUGCUUUACGUGGAAGCCCUGUUUUCCUUAAAUUGAUUCAGGCAGUUGCUGUCAUUGCUUUUGCUGUUUGGGGUCUUGGGCCCCUGAUGCGCAUGGGGAGGAUUAUAUUUUUUCAACGGACUGAUAGUAGUUGGAAGAAAAGUAGGUCACACUAUGCUAUGACCUCUUGCAUUCAGCCUUUGCUGCUUUGGGGUGGAGCAAUGCUUGUAUGCAGGGCAUUGGAUCCUGUAGUUCUACCAUCAGAAGCUAGCCAGGCUGUCAAGCAAAGACUUGUAAAUUUUUCACAAUCAUUAUCAACAGUGCUGGCGUUUGCCUACUGUUUGUCAAGCUUGAACCAACAAGCACAGAAAUUCUUUGCGGAGACAAGUGACCCAAGUGAUACCAGAAAUAUGGGAUUCAAUUUUGCUGGCAAAGCUGUUUAUACUGCAGUUUGGGUUGCUGCAGUGUCAUUGUUUAUGGAGUUGCUGGGAUUCUCGACCCAGAAAUGGCUAACAGCUGGGGGUCUCGGCACAGUAUUGCUAACCCUUGCUGGUCGUGAGAUAUUCACAAACUUCCUUUCCAGUGUAAUGAUCCAUGCCACACGGCCAUUUGUUGUCAAUGAAUGGAUUCAGACUAAGAUUGAAGGCUAUGAGGUUUCUGGUACUGUCGAGCAUGUGGGGUGGUGGUCACCAACAAUUAUAAGAGGCGAUGAUCGUGAAGCAGUUCACAUUCCAAAUCACAAGUUCACUGUGAAUGUUGUGAGGAAUCUUAGCCAGAAGACUCAUUGGCGCAUCAAGAACCACAUAGCCAUUAGUCAUUUGGAUGUCAAUAAAAUUAAUAUUAUUGUAGCUGAUAUGCGCAAAGUUUUAGCCAAAAAUCCUCAAGUAGAGCAGCAAAGGUUGCAUAGAAGAGUUUUUCUGGAUAAUAUUAAUCCAGAGAAUCAGGCUCUUAUGAUUUUGGUAUCUUGCUUUGUGAAAACAUCUCACAUUGAGGAGUAUCUCUGCGUGAAGGAGGCAAUACUCUUGGAUCUUCUCAGAGUUGUCAGCCAUCAUCGUGCUCGGCUUGCCACACCCCUCCGCACAGUUCAGAAAGUAUAUGGUGAUGCUGACAUGGAAAAUGUGCCAUUUGCUGACACCAUUUUUGGUAGUUCUACGGCACGUACUAAUCGUCCAUAUGUCCUCAUUGAGCCAUCCUAUAGAAUCAGUAGUGAUGACAAAAGUAAGGCUUCUAAUCGCUCAGCAGGUACAAAUGGAGACAAGGAAGAACCUAUAGCUGGGCCAACACUAACACCUGCGCAAACUGAAGAUAAGGCAACUUCAACUUCCAACUCAAGUACAAGUCCCAAGACUUCGCAAAUGCCAACAUCUGAACUCCAAACACAGAAUUUGGCAUCUGAUGGUUCAGCCCCAGACACCUCUGAAAUACUGCAGUCCAAGAAUGAGAAGAUAAGAUAUGCAAGGAAGGAGAAGGGAGUUGAUUCCAAAAAUGUAUCCCCAGAAAAGGCGACAUCUAAGAAGUCUCCUGUUACUUCAUCUGAGAUGGGUGGUGGAAAGACGGAUAUUCCAUUGACAACGUUACAGGCAAAUCAAGAUGGAGAGAAACCUGUUGCAUCACCGUCUACAGCUCGCGCUCCCUUAGAAGAGAAUAUCAUUCUCGGUGUUGCCUUGGAGGGCUCAAAGCGGACACUUCCCAUUGAGGAAGAUAUGGCUCCAUCUCUUAUAGAAUCAAAAGAAUUCACCGCCAACCGUAAUGGCGGCGGGUCUCCUCUUGGCACAGAUGUGAAAGAUUGAUGACUGACUUCUAGAGCCUGGCCAAGUGAAUAGCAGAACAAAGAAGGCUACCGAUGGCAUAAUGUUCUUAUUAGUGAAAGUGAAAAAAUGCAUGCCGCUGCGUUUUUGAAGCUGGCAUUACAUUGUAUCCCAUGAUUGUUUGAUAGAUUGAAAUGAAAAUAUGUGGGUCAUUUUGAAACCAUCAGUUUCUCCCAUAUCCAAUA